GGGAGGUCAGUGUGUACUAAAAUGUUUUAUAUGAAACUACUUAGUGCCUGCAUGUUUCUAUUUUUUUUUUAAUAUAGUCUACAGGAAAGUAAACAUUUUAUUAUAACCAUGGGGGGAAAAAAAGUCAAUGAUUUCCCGUUUCAUCAAUUGAGGCAUAUCUGGAUUGUUUGUGGGAACUGGUUUAUUAUCACUAAUGCACAAGAGACUACCGAGAAGGGAGGGGUUACAAAGCCCAAGAGAUUUAAAAACUGCUUUUUUGGAAAUAAAAGAAACAAUACGAUACUUCUACUUUACUUCAGACCUAGGCCAUAGAUUCUGGCACUCAAAAUAAAAACAUGCCUCUGUGUGUUGUGUUAAUACAGCAAAAACCAAAACCAAUAAAAGAAAAACUAAUAUUCUUCUUUCCUCCCACAGAUACUGGUUUCUUUCCCAGGCUUUCUGAAAUCUGAGCCUCUGCUAAAUAAUAAAUACGUGGGCUUCACCUACGAACAUGGACAGAUGCUCUCAUUUUGGAGAACUUCAAUUUUUUUUUUUUAAAAGAGUCAAUUUGGCUUUGAGCAUUUGGCAAGGGUACAAUGCCUUAAAAUAAGCAGAUGACCAGCUCAACUACUGAUCAUGCUGACCAUUGUACAGAAUCAGAUCAAAUCACUGAAAAACAGCGAAUGGCUUUCUCUUGUAGAAUGUCUGAACAGAGAACUAUUCCUGAGAAUCUUUUGCUGAGUUCAUUUGAUCACUUAGUCUCUUCUAACUGGUCUGUAUCACAGACAGAACUGAUUCCAGAGGAAAUGAAACAGAUUGAAGAACAGGGAAGUAAACCACGCUGGGCAGCUCUCCUGAUACUUAUGGUGAUAAUACCCACAAUUGGUGGAAAUAUCCUUGUUAUUCUGGCUGUUUCCCUGGAGAAAAAGCUGCAGUAUGCUACCAAUUAUUUUCUAAUGUCCUUGGCAGUGGCUGACCUGCUGGUUGGAUUGUUUGUGAUGCCGAUUGCUCUCUUGACAAUCAUGUUUGAAGCUAGGUGGCCCCUCCCACUUGUUCUGUGCCCUGCCUGGUUAUUUCUUGAUGUCCUUUUUUCCACCGCAUCCAUCAUGCAUCUCUGUGCCAUUUCAGUGGAUCGUUACAUAGCCAUCAAAAAGCCAAUCCAGGCCAGUCAAUAUAACUCCCGAGCUACAGCAUUCAUCAAGAUUACAGCGGUGUGGCUAAUUUCCAUAGGCAUUGCCAUUCCGGUCCCUAUUAGAGGGACAGAUAUGACUGAUCUGGGUAACCCAAACAUCACCUGCAUAAUUACAAAGGAUCGUUUUGGCAACUUCAUGCUUUUUGGCUCACUGGCUUCCUUCUUUACACCUCUGGCUAUCAUGAUUGUCACCUACUUCCUCACAACCCGUGCUUUACAGAAAAAAGCAUACUUGGUCAAAAACAAGCCACCUCAACAGCUAACAUGGCUGACCGUGUCCACAGUUUUCCAAAGGGAUGAAACGUAUUUUUCAUCACCCGAAAGGGUGGCAAUGCUGGAUGGUUCUCGAAAGGACAGAACUCUGCCCAACUCCAGUGAUGACAUACUUAUGCGAAGAAUGUCCACAGUUGGGAAAAAGUCAGUGCAGACCAUCUCCAAUGAACAAAGAGCCUCAAAAGUUCUAGGGAUUGUAUUUUUCCUCUUUUUGCUUAUGUGGUGCCCCUUUUUUAUUACAAACCUAACUUCAGUUUUAUGUGAUUCCUGCAAUCAGAAUACACUUGAAAAGCUACUAGAGAUAUUUGUAUGGAUAGGUUAUGUUUCCUCAGGGGUAAAUCCUUUGGUUUAUACUCUCUUCAACAAGACAUUUCGGGAUGCAUUUGGUCGGUAUAUCACCUGUAAUUACCAGGCUACAAAAUCAGCAAAAACUCUCAGGAGAUGCUCCAGCAGUAUGUACUUUAGGAAUUCAAUAGCAGAAAACUCCAAUUUUUUAAAGAAGCAUGGAGUGCGGAAUGGGAUUAAUUCUACUGUGUACCAGAGUCCAAUGAGGCUCCGAAGUCCAACCAUUCAGUCUUCAUCAAUCAUUCUACUAGAUACACUUCUUCUAACUGAAAACGAAGGUGAUAAAACUGAAGAGCAGGUUAGUUAUGUAUAGCAGAAAUGGCUGUUUUCACCUGACUAACAUGAAUAAGGUGAUGAGGUAGAUCAAUGUGCCAAAAAAAGAACUUUUUAUUAUGUAUCAGAUAAUGUCUUUAAGAAUUGUAUAUUAAGUUUAUCCAGUGUUCUUGAUUUGGGCAAAAUUACCCCAUGAAAAAAAUAACUUUGUACAGCUGCCAAGGAGAGUAGUCAACACUCAGGUUCAAUGUAAAAACAUUCAAAUGAACUAAAACUAUUCAAUAAAUUCCAGGUUUAAAAAAUGUGAUGGGGCCAGAGUUAGGUUCAAGUUGUCACUCAUUCCAUGGGAGCACCACGUAAAGAGAAAUCUACAUGAGCAGUAAAGCAGUGCAGCGGUAUCUUUCUCCACCUCCACCUCUAAAUCUGAUUUGCCUCCAGGGUUAUCAUUGGGGCUCGGUGCCUGCACUAUGAAUCCAUUGCUCCUGGCGGCCAUCUCUACUCCGCCACCCCCAGUUGUUGCUGCUGGAUAGGACAGAGAAAAAUUGAGAAAGGGGGAAGA